AUGGCGCCUCCAGCAAGAGCGACUGUCGAAGAGGUUGAGGAUGUCGACGAUCCGUAUGCGCCAUACCGUGUUGGUGAGCGUGGAUCCCAUCCUUCCCUCGCGACAUCCUCCGGAUCUAGGUCGACCGGUUCUACUUCUUCGACGGAUUCGACCACUUCGGCAGCUUCAUCUUCGAGCACUUGCACCUCCAAUCCGUCCCGCCAAACAUCGCGAAACACUCCAUCUUCGUCUUUCGGUCAGAACAGCACUGCAUACGAUAUUUACCAGCAGUCACCCUCCGCCGGCACCCAAGGUACCUUCCCGCGCGAAGGUGGUGACGAAGAACCUCUGCUAGGCGGUCGACCUUUCCGUGAUGCGCACGACCCAACUGAAUCUACUAGCAGCGACUUGACAAGCCGAUCAACCGACAAAGAGUACCUCUAUACCAUCCUCAAUGUCGCCACCGAUGCCUCGGCUGAUGCUAUCAAGGACGCCUAUCGCUCACUAGCGGUGUUGUUGCAUCCGGACAAGCACAAAGAUGCUUCGCGAAAGGGUGCAGCCGAAUCUAGAUUCCGAGAAGUACAACGCGCAUAUGAGAUUCUCUCGGAUCCUGAGAGGAGGACGAUCUACGAUUACUUCGGAGAGGAAGGGUUGAAAUCAACUUGGUCAGUGGCGGUACGUGGUAGAAGUCCCAGGGAGAUGCAGGAGGAGUUCGAGAGGGAGAGAAGGAGGAAGCAAGCAGCGGACGCCGAGGCGCUGGUUAAGAGCAAAGGUGAUUUCACGGCGCACAUCGAUGCCAGUGCACUGUUCGCGCCCAGUAGUAGGCUCUCAAGACGACCUCCUCAACAACAGAUGCCAGGGCAACCCAGGGCGGCAACGGCAACAAAUAAGCAAGAUUUACCAGUAGCACCGGGUGGAAUGGUCGUCCCAACCGCACCUUUCCCACGCACAGUCACGUUUGCGGAUCGUAUCAGCAGAAUAGGCUGCACUCAACUUAUCGGUAAACACGGCUUCGAAACGCAAGUCACCAACCAAACAUGCGCCACGUUUUCGGGACAGAUGGUCUCUCGAAAUGGUUUGGGAGGAGGCAAUCUCGUCGGCACUCUCAAAACGCACUGGUCACCUCGUCUGUUCACCGAAAUCACGCUCUCCUUCCUGCGCCCGCAAAUUAUCACAACGAAGGGUCAAUUUACGGUGGAUGCCAAUUCCUUCUUCUCAUGGCAAGCGACGAUGCAGACGCUGAUGAUGCCUCCUACGUUCAACGUGACUUAUGGGCAGAGACUGUCUUCCAAAUCGACGCUGACUGGAUUCACGAGCGUUCGAAGUGGUACAUACAGCUUGUUGGGGUGGGGGGAGGAUCUGCAAGGUGCGAUGGUGAGAAGCGAGCCAGCGGCUGUCUCUGUCGGCCUGACAAAGCAGAUCGAUGAAGGCAAAGGGUGGACGGUCCAGACGAGCAUCUCGCCCGUCGACCAAAACAUCUCGGUAGACUAUGCACUCAAAGUGCUCGGUGGAGUCAAACUUCGGACCGGUUUCAACCUCGGUACAGGAUCCGGCAUGAGCGCAUUCAGCUCGGCCGAACGACGCUUGACGGAAAACGUACGCUUGUCGUUGGGUCUCAACUGCUCACUUCCGAUGGGUGGGGUUACGCUACGCGUCAAGGUGAAUCGAUUGGGGCAGAAGAUCAUGCUGCCCAUCCUGCUGUCGCCCGAAUUCAGGUCGGAUCUGGUGGUGCUGUUUACCGUGGUUCCUGCUGCAGCUUAUACAGCGUUGCAUUGGCGAUAUCUGGAACCGAGCAAGCAGAGGCGUUUGCGGAACCGACUAGGCGAGCUGCGAAGCGCUAAUCGGGAGAUGAUACUGGAACGACGACAGGCGGCGCUGGAAGCGGUGGAAGUGCUGCGUGAUCAAGCUGUGAAACGCGCACAUCAGGAAUUGGAUCGUUCAGGUCUGGUCAUACUGGAAGCCUGGUACGGACAAAAAGACUCUUUUCCCCGUCCGAGCAUUACUACAGCGCAAGCAGAGCGUUUGUGGAACGAUGUCAAGAACCAGUCGGCGCUUCCGUCCUCCGGUACAGGCGAUGUUGAUCUGACCACAGAAACGUACUGGGACGUCAAGAUCCCGCUUCAAGCGCUCACCACCCGAUCGCAGCUCAUCGUUCCAGGUGCAAGGUCGAAAGCCAAUCUGCUGGGUUUCCACGAUCCAGUCUUGGGCGAAAAGAAGCAUCUCUUGGUGAGGUACAGUUUUAGGGGCGCGCUCCACCAGGUGAUCGUGGAGGAUUUCACCGAGCUCGCGCUCCCCAUGCGCAUUCAUCAGCUCGAUUGA